UAGUUCCGGUUAUCAAGAAAGUGUCCGAUUCCUGGGGGAGGAGCUGGCUAGAGGAGAUGGCUUCGCGGUUGUGGUCAGUGGCUGGCUCUUGGGUAAAGUUGCGACCCGUCGAGAACCAGAAGGCGCCCUUAGCAACCGUUUUAUCCUCACGAAAUAUAACCGUCACUCGGACUGGCGCCAUCUUGCCUAAGCCCGUCAAAAUGCCAUUUGGUCUUGUCCGAGUGUUUGCCGUUGUAAUUCCCUUUCUCUAUGUUGGGACACAAAUCAGCAAAAGUUUUGCAGCUUUGCUUGAAGAACAUGAUAUCUUUGUACCAGAGGAUGACGAUGAUGACGACUAAUAGGUCUACAAUGUGGCAGUAAGAGGAACAAAGCCAUAAUGAAGUGUUCUAAUAUCAAUGUUUAAUCACCGCUCCUCAGAUGUCUAAAGAACAUAUUUUGGGGACAGCUGGACUACCCAUUGUACCACGGAUUGCUCUGUGCAUGUGUAAACAAUGGUGUUUAAAUGCUAUAUCUAGUUAAGAAUACAUAUUUAUGUCUUGAUUCAACAAUUGUUGCAUGUUUAGAGUAUACCUUAUUUCUGAAUACACUGGAUCCCUAAUUAAUAGUGAGAGGAAAAAAUUAUUUGAUCCCCUGCUGAUUUUUUAUGUUUGCCCACUGACAAAUGAUCAGUCUAUAAUUGUAAUAGUAGAUUUAACAGUGAGACAAAAAUCCAGAAAAACGCAUUUUAAUGAAGUUAUAAAUUGAUUUGCAUUUUAAUGAGUGAAAUAAGUAUUUGACCCCGUCGCAAAACAUGCCUUAGUGCUUAGUGGCAAAACCCUCGUUGGCAAUCACAGAGGUCAGAUGUUUCUUGUAGUUCGUCACCAGGUUUCCACAUAUCUCAGGAGGGAUUUUGUCCCACUUUGCAGAUCCUCUCCAAGCCAUUAAGGUUUUGAGGCUGACGUUUGGUAGCUCAAACUUUCAGCUCUCUCCACAGAUUUUCUAUGGGAUUAAGGUCUGGAGACUGGCUAGGCCACUCCAGGACCUUAAUGUGCAUCCUCUUGAGCCACUCCUUUGUUGCCUUGGCUAUGUGUUGGUGGGCCAUUGUCAUGCU